UUAUGCCAAAAGCUAUGAUCAUGUAUCACAGCCCAUUCAAUGACCCCUCCAACCACUAAGAAUCUCACUUCCUUCUUUCCAGAGUCCACCGACCCUUCACAAAAGCAAAGAACCCACGAAACAAAAGCCACAAACAAAGAAAAAAUGUCCAAACCCAGAAGCAGAAGAGCCAAUCCCACUCUAAUUCUCUACCUAUCCCUCCUUUUAAUCCACAUCCACUUCUCAAUCUGCAAUGGGGUUUCAGUUCUUGACCUGAAUCAUCCACUCAAAGGAAGCGAAAUCGAGGCUGCCAUGGGGGGAAGAAGCGUCUGCAGCAAGAAGAUUGGGGAGUGCUUGACAGAGCCAGAGAUGGAGUCAGAGAGCAGCAGGAGAAUUCUGGCAAUGCAGAAGAAGUACAUAAGCUAUGGGACUCUCAACAGGGACUUGGUUCCCUGUGGAAAACCAGGGGCUUCCUACUACAAUUGUCACGCUGCGGCGGCGAAUCCUUACAACAGAGGGUGUGAGGUCAUCACAAGAUGUGCAAGAGGUAAUUGACAUGGAAACUUGAUAUAAUUACAGGAUGUGGAACCCUAGUUUGGAGAGAAUGGAACUGCUGAUUUCAUUCAAAUCUGUUAAAUGUUAAAGGUGUAUUGUGAUGGGGGUGUUUUGGGUAUGAAUGUAUAUUUGAGAACCCUUGUUUUGAAAUGUUGUACUAGAUCAUGUAUGAUUAGCAUGAAUUUUACUGGACAUCUGACUUUUGUUUUCCCUAAA